AUGUGUAGUGGGGCACUGACUGCUGAGAUGUCCAGAGCUGUUUUACAACAGUACGUGCGAGCGACUGGAUACGACAUGAACAUUCGGACUGUGGCACUUUGGGAGUGGAGUGAGAAGUGUCACCCCCUGAUUGUCAACAACCUUCGGUGGUGUCAAGAGGUUUCUCAUUCUCCCUUCGAGCACCCCCACAUCUUCUCGGACAUAGAGGCAUUGAACCCGACUUCUUGCAGAACCCACACCACCUACAGUUCGAAGAAGAAAGCCAUCAUGAACAGUGGGCUGCAAACGUGGUCUCCGUGCCUCAACUGCUGCGACCCGUUGUGCAAUGUGCCGGCUGCAGAUUUCGGUGUCAGCGGGCUUCCUUGCACGGACAUGUCGCGUGCAGGGAAACAGUUGAAGCGUCACGGGCCUACGAAUGGAGUGUACAUGACGCAUGCCAAGUACAACAAACAUAUGCGCACACCCUUGCUGGUAGUGGAGUGUGUCCCAGAGCUCGACAUGGACAUGGUGCAGCAGCUGCACAUGCCAGACUAUGAGUGGUUCCAAACAUGUUGUGAACCUGCAGAUGUCGGCUACUCUGCGACUGCAAGGGCUCGCUUGUAUUGCAUUGGGGUGCAUCAGAGCAGGACGUCCAUCCUCAAGGACCCAUUGGAGCUGCAUGACUUGGUUCGUGGCAGGAUCAGGGCAGUUGCCCGCACCUUGCCCCAGGACUACUUGGUGGCCAGCACAGCUGAAGUGCAGCUGGAGGCGCAGGAGAUGUCACGCCGCCGAGGCAUCCCGUAUUGCCCGGCUGCGACAGACCUGCGGUAUUUGCUCACAGCGAGGGAACUCGAGGCUGUUGACACCUACUCCAAGGAGUACUUUCACAGAUACGGGGUUGACCCUUCAACCCAGGAUGGGCUUUUCUUCUACCUGGGAGACAACCCUAGCUACUCCUUGCGCUGGUCGGCAAAUGGAAGACUGCCAACCCUCAGGACAACUAACGGUCUGAUGUGGUCAGCGAAAUUCAGGCGGUGGCUGACAGCUAAGGAGCGACUGGUCAGCAUGGGCUGGCCUGUGACCUCGGAGCUGGCUGGUGCAAUGGCUGUCCCAGUGAUCCCCGCGAUGGAUGUGAAGAGGGCCAGUGACCUGCUCGGGAACUCGAUGCAUUUUCUGAACACAGGAGUGCAGCAACUAAUUGCACUCAGCUGCUUCGGGCCAGAAUGUCCCAGCAUGUGCUUUUGA